CACUCCGUUACAGUCGCUUCAGUUGUAAAGCCUUUAUGUGUUAGUAGCCCAGCGAUCGGUUCCAACGCCUCAUCCGGUCCACGGUACCAGCAGAUGACCACACGCUGAAGACGCGGCGUGGCCCUAGGCUAAAGAGAAAUCGUGCGCAAGUCUGAUCUUCUGUCAACGUUUUUGAGUCCUGGGAUGUAGAGAGACAUGGUCAAACUCGUGCCAACCACGAUCGGGACCUUCUACCACCAUGCGAACACGAAAACCCCGGGAACUUACAGUGUGGCGACGAACGGCAAGCCACGAGAACCCAUCACCAGUCUAAGAGAAUCUAUGGUGCCUUCAAACAACCGGGGAAGCCAUGCGUCGAAGAAGAGCCUAGGUCUACCGAACGCCGUGCCAAACGGGCACGUCAGUGGACGGUUUGGAGACAGGUCUGUCUCCAGAUCCUCCUCAGUGUCCAUCAAGCUUCCCGAAAUGGUGACGAAAUACGAGAGAAAACAGCUGAUGCACGCCGGAAGGUUGCUGAGAUGGAAUGACGCAGCUAAGGGCGAGGCGGCCACUCUCCCCUCCAAGGUGGAGGACUGGUCCGCCAAUGACGUCAGAACCUGGCUCACAGCCAACAUGGCGGAGAUCGGCGUCGGCGUGGCUGACGUCAACAGACUGUACAGAGAAAGUGUGAACGGAGCAGCGCUACUGGCGUAUGACAAGGAGACUCUGAGAGACGACUUCAAACUCAAGCUGGGGCCCAUCACCACUAUUCUCAAAGCCGUCCGCGAGUACAAAACUAGUGAGCUGCACAUGAGACCGCGUAGCCUGGCUAACGGCCUCCCCUCGCCGGCCCCUCUGCGGCGGGCGGGCAGCGUGGGGAGCCUGGGCAGCAGACCCAGCAGCAUCGGUCAGCUGCCGAAGAUCGGGGUUAAACCGCCGUCAGAAGCAGGCUCUCCGGCGGGGUCCCGCGGUAUCCGGACGGCGGACAGUUUCUCCUCAGUCGGCACCAGAAGUACGGGAGACCCCGGCAGGAUGGGCAACCUGGGCAGCCACAAACCCGUCUUCGAUAGGAACAAGGAAUGCAAAGUAUGUAAUCGACGCGUGCGCACUGACUACUUCAAGCAGUACGGGCACCUCCUGCAGGAGCAGCGUCCGCGCAUGCCCCACAUCCCCCGCAGCUGCCUGAAGUGCGGCACCUGUAACGUGCACCUGUGCGUCACCUCCAAGCGCAACUGCUGGAACGCCUGGCACGAGAAGGAGGACUACUGGAAGUACAACUGAACAAUGUAAAAAGACAAAAAAAUAAGAGUUAAAGAAAACAUAUAGGAUCAUAGCUGUAACCAAGGACGUUGCUUUAUGAAACGUUAUACUUAUAGUCUUGAGUCUAGCCUUAUUAGCUAAAAUCGACGGGGUAGUACAACUGAAAAAAAGUAAAACUCUUUGCGUCACCUCCAAGCUGGAACGCCUGGCACGAGAAGGAGGACUACUGGAAGUACAACUGAUACAUUUGUAAAACCGAAAGAGUUAAAUGAAAAAUAUAUGUAAGGUCUGUAGUAUCCAUACAAAACCGUGCGUCAUCCAGAACUAAAAUUUGUAAAACUGAAAGAGAUUAAUAAGAAAUAUAUAGGCUAUGUAGUAUCCAUGCAAAUGCUCAGACACAGUUCUGGGUAGUCCACUCGAUCGUAUCCAGAACCGUGACUGGCGCGAAUCUACGUAUACGCAGGGACUAUACCGAACCAUGCCUGAUAUCCUUAUCCUAACGACCUAACCCAUUCAGGCAUAGAACUAGAUAGGCACGGUUCUCGAUACAAGAGGGUCUUACCUGUGCAUGUAACGCUUCAAAUAUUUAGUGAUGUCAAAUGUAGUUUUACAAAACAUCUAGCCUGGAACGAGAAGUAUGACUACUGGAAUUACGGUUAAGUAAUAAAGUUAAAUAAAACGUGUAGGGUUAUAGCUGUAACGUAAAAGCCUGGAGUCCAGCCUUGAUUAACUUGUCAGCUCCCAAAAAUCGUACGUUUUGGAUCUUGGGAAGCCAGCGGACUAAAGCUAACAAGGCUGGACGCCAGGAUAGUAACGUCAUGCCUUUGGUGAUUUCAUUUAAAGAAGAUAGAUUACUACUACUACUACUACUACUACGGAAGUACAACUGAAAAACGUCAAAAAAGACACAAAGUAAGUAAAGGUAAAACAAAUAGGUCCUUAGCUGUAACGUUUACAUCAUUCGAUGUUAAGAAAUAUUUUUAUCGUAUAUUUUUAGGACAAAGUUAGGCCAAAUUUUUGUCAUGACUUUAUUUUGUGGUUUAAUAGUAAGAACGAUGGAAGCUACCAUUUCAAUGUAUCGUUACAAUAACAACUCAUUCAUUAAUUCGUUACAAUUACUGUCGCAUGUUUAACUUGUGUUUGCGUGUGAGCCCAGGCCGGUAAAAACUGUAUGUUCCUAAAUUCGCAUCAUGACGUAACGUACUGCAAUGUACAUACAUGUAAA